AAAAUGACAAAACUUUGGGUGAAGCUCAAGCCAAACAAUGCUGUCAAAGUCUCUACUGAAGACUGCACAAAUGUUUAUCCGUUUAUCAAGGAAGUAAAAAAGGAGUUGUCAUCCGACUUGGCUCUUAUGACGCUGCUCGCCUUUCACUCUCACUGACUGAUGGUGGUGAAACUUUGUAGCCAUACGACCCAGUCCCAGCUCAAAAUACUGGAGAGCAUCCGCUCUUCAUCACCAUUACAGGAGUUUCUGCUGCUUCCCCAACUCAACUUGUCCCAUCAUCUACAGAUAACACAAAUGGAAGUUUUACUGCCACUCCUGAUAUUGUACUUGCCAUCAGAGAAUUGACACUCGAAAUCAGAGAAAAUAACAGGCUUCAGAAAAAAAGGCAAAGGACGACUUUAGCUUGUCGAAACCCAAGAGCUAUGAAUCUGACAAUCAUGAUAUUUGUUUCAAGUGCUUGAUUCAUUAUGGAAUGAUACCUCCAGCAUCUACGACUCUCCCUCAAGAUGCAUGUUGUCAUAUGCUUGGAGUAAAAGUUCCUUUAAAGUACCUCAAUUGCUCUCAUCUAUUCCAAAAGCGUUGGCAUCGACAUGUGCGUGACUUUGGAUUGUCGAGUAUCAAUUCUGGAAAAAACAUUCUGGCUCUGCUUAAAAUUUUGAAGAGGCAUUUGACUCGGGCCGCUUUGUUCUUCUCUUUGACAAGCAGUCAGGUUCGAUUUGAUGCAAAAUCAUUGACAAUGAGUUGA